AACAGCAUAGUUGAAGUGUAUUGUAAGUUAAUGCAUUAAGGUCUGUUUUGCAGUCUUCAUGCACAGUCAUACUUUCUCUCCAGCAAAUUGAAGCAUUUCUUGACCAUUACAUGCAAAGAUGUGGUUUUUGUGGCUCUUAAGCUGGUUUUCUAUACUUCUGCAAAUAUUGUUUGUUACCUUGUCCAUAGCUGCUGCAUUGUAUUAUUUGGCUGAACUUAUUGAAGAAUACACAGUUAUAACAGAGAAAAUUUUAAGAGUAAUGCUCAUGGUUUCAUGUGGGAUUUACAUUGGGUUAUGGAUUUUUGAAGGUUUUCCAUUCACAAUCAUUGUACUUGGAUUAUUUACAAAUGUUGUCGAAUUUGGAUUACUCCGAACAUUUCCUUUUAUCGAAAUGUCUUCACCGAACUUUAUUCUCACUGUUGUAUUAGUUGUUGUCAAUCAUUACUUUGCCUUUCAAUUUUUUAGCGAUGUCUUUUACUCGUUUGCAGAGAUUAUGGCAUUCUUCACACUAUGUUUGUGGGUUAUACCAUUCACUUUCUUCAUAUCACUAUCAGCUGGUGACAAUGUACUGCCAUCAACUGUGCAACCUUUGCUAAGCGAAUCUUCAGAUCACGAUGUUCUGUCUCAUUAUAUGACAAAGGGAAAAAAGAAAAGAUCUGUCCUUCUCACCUUUGCAGAGGGCUGUAAAAAUAUGGUAAUUCCAUCACGAGCCAAGCGAUACUGAUUAUCUAGCUAACAUUUCUGCGAAGCAGUCAUGAUUAUUAAGUUUGGAGUAGAUUAGGGCAUAGAGCUUUGAAUCACAAUUGGUGAAGCAAAAGUGUUUGUUCCACUUGUUGACUUUUUACUUUGGUUUUUAUUGCUUAAUUAAAAUUACGUAUGAUUUUUUUGUGUUUCUACUAAUAAACCUAUGAUACACAACUAA